AUGGGCCGUAAGCUACCUCCACCGCCUCCACCGCCUCCACCUCCAAGGGCACAAAAUAGAAAUGGAGUGAUAGGAAGAGUAAAUCCUCGUCAUCCGCCGCCACCACCACCACCUCCUCCUUCAUCAUCUGCAUCGGUACCCUCAUCUACUGCUAUAAACAGAAAUCCACCACCACUCCGUCCUCCUCCACCACCACCUCGUCCUCCAACUUCAGGUCUUGCAGAAAAGAGAAUCAAAACUUCAGAUAAUGUUACUUCGGAAGAACUCGAUGCCAGAUCUAGGAGAUGGCUCCAAUUGCAGAAAAGCAGAUACAAGCUGAUUUCCAGCAAAGGCGACGCUCCCGCAACAGGACAGAAACCUCAAAUGCCCCCAGAACACUUGAGAAAAAUUAUGAUAGACCAUGGAGACUUGUCAUCAAAGAAAGUAGCUUCCGAUAAGAGAGCCCAUUUGGGUUCACUCAGGUAUGUUCCUCAUGCCAUAUUGAAGCUAUUGGAAAAUAUGCCCCAGCCAUGGGAACAGUCAAAGGAUGUCAAAGUACUAUAUCACAUAAGCGGAGCCAUUACCUUUGUAGACGAAGUUCCGAGAGUAAUUGAACCAGUCUAUACCGCACAGUGGGCAACUGUAUGGUCAGCUAUGAGAAGAGAAAAGAGAGAUAGACGACACUUCAAGAGAAUGAGAUUUCCACCUUUUGACGAUGAAGAACCACCUUUGGACUGGCUGGAAAACCUUGAAGAUGUCGAGCCACAGGAUUCAAUAAGAUUGCCCUUGGGUUCCCAAAGGGAAUCUGCUGUAAUUGAUUGGAUGUACGAUGGCAAGCCUCUAAUGGAUGAUCCGAACAUAGUCAAUGGUGAUUCAUACAGAUUGUGGAAUUUGGACCUUGCCAAGAUGGCAUGUUUGUACAGGUUAUCCAAGCCGAUUCUCAGCGAAAGAUCAGGUCUAACAAAUGUGCAUUUGUUUGAUAAAAAUGCUCUCUUCACGGCCAAAAGUCUCAAUGUUGCACUUCCAGGUGGUCCCAAGUUUGAGCCUCUUUUCAAAGACAAGAGCGAAAACCUAGCAACAGAAGACUUUACUGAAUUCAAUUCUAUCGAUAGAAUUAUUAUCAGAAUCCCCGUUAGAACGGAGUACAAAGUGGCCUUCCCAUAUUUAUAUAAUUCGUUUGUUAAGGGUGUUCAUGUGUCAUGGUAUCACGAUCCGGUCAAAUGUUACGUGGAAAGUUCUGACCCAGUUGCCACCUCAUUUACAUUUCAACACUAUUUCAACUCAAUUACUCAAUUGAAAUGUACUGGGCCGGAUCUAGAGAGUAAAGAUUUAGAUUUGUGCGGGCUUGUUCCUUUCAUGGGUAAGGAAUACGAUGAGCAAUCUGAUUGCUACGUGGAUACAGAAGUUGAACCAGAAGGUACUUCUGACGCUUUACAAUUGUGGUGGGCUCCUUACCCUUUCAACCGUCGAAGCGGAAGAAUGAUCAGAGCAGAGGACGUCGCAUUGACGAAAUCCUGGUACAAAGAAAGAGCUCCUCGAGAUAGCAAUAUCAAAGUCCGCGUAUCUUAUCAAAAGUUGUUGAAAAAUUACGUCUUAAACGAAUUGCAUAAUCCACCUGGAAAAAGAACUGGUUCCAUGUCUAGAAAUAGACUGAAAGCGAAGCUAUUGAAAAAUCUCAGAGCCACCAAGUAUUUCCAACAAACAAACAUAGACUGGGUUGAAGCUGGUCUUCAAGUAUGUCGUCAAGGCUUUAAUAUGUUGAACUUGUUAAUUCAUAGAAAAGGUUUAACAUAUUUGCAUCUUGACUAUAACUUUAACUUGAAACCAACAAAAACAUUAACAACAAAGGAAAGAAAAAAGUCCAGAUUCGGAAAUGCCUUCCACUUAAUUCGUGAAAUUUUAAGAGUCAUCAAGAUUGUUGUCGAUUCACAUGUUCAGUUCAGAUUAGGGAAUGUGGAUGCCUUCCAAUUGGCCGAUGGGAUAUAUUAUAUUUUAAACCAUUUGGGUCAGUUAACAGGUAUUUAUCGCUAUAAGUACAAGGUUAUGCACCAAAUUCGUGCUUGUAAGGACUUGAAACACAUUGUUUAUUCAAGGUUUAACAAAAUGAUAGGUAAAGGUCCUGGCUGUGGAUUCUGGCAACCUGCUUGGAGAAUUUGGAUUUCUUUCUUGAGAGGAAUUGUUCCGUUAUUGGAGAGGUGGUUGGGAAACCUUUUGGCUAGACAAUUUGAAGGAAGAAGAAGCAAUGAUGUAGCCAAGACUAUUACAAAGCAAAGAGUAGACUCAUAUUAUGAUUUAGAGUUACGAUCUCAAGUCAUGCAUGACAUCUUAGACAUGAUUCCUGAUGGUCUCAAGCAGAAUAAGUCAAAGACAAUACUACAGCAUCUAAGUGAAGCUUGGAGAUGUUGGAAAGCCAAUAUACCUUGGAAUGUACCUGGUUUACCUACGCCUAUAGAAAAUAUUAUCAGACGCUACAUUCAAGCCAAGGCUGAUGGAUGGGUUUCAGUCGCUCACUACAACAGAGAAAGAAUUAGACAAGGUACUACUGUUGAGAAAACAGUUGCCAAAAAGAACCUAGGAAGAUUAACUAGGUUGUGGAUAAAGAAUGAACAAGAACGACAAUCUAAUUUCGCAAAAGAUGGACCAUAUGUGUCGCCCAACGAAGCUGUUGCCAUUUUUCAAGCUAUGGUCAAUUGGCUAGAAAGCAGAAAGUUUAGCCCAAUUCCAUUUCCACCCUUGUCAUAUAAGCAUGAUACAAAAUUGUUGGUCUUGGCAUUGGAGAACUUGAAAGAGAGUUAUAAUCCCGAAGCAAGAUUGAAUUCGGCUCAAAGAGAGGAGUUGGCUCUCAUUGAACAAGCAUAUGACAAUCCUCAUGAAUGUUUAGCUCGUGUUAAGAAAUUUUUAUUAACACAAAGAAUAUUUAAGGAGGUUGGGCUUGAAAUGAUGGACUAUUAUAGCCACCUUGUUCCUACUUAUGCUGUUGACCCACUAGAGAAAAUUACGGACGCAUAUCUUGAUCAAUAUCUCUGGUAUGAAGCAGACAAAAGGAAGCUUUUCCCUAAUUGGGUAAAACCUAGUGAUGACGAGAUUCCUCCAUUGCUAGUUUACAAGUGGGUCCAAGGUAUCAACAAUUUGCAGAACGUAUGGAAUACUUCUGAUGGGGAAUGCAAUGUCAUGUUGGAAACAUCGUUGGAAAGAUUGACCGAAAAGAUUGAUUUCACUUUGUUGAACAGACUUCUUAGGUUAAUUGUGGAUCCAAAUAUUGCUGACUAUAUAACUUCAAAGAACAAUGUUAACCUAAGUUAUAAAGAUAUGAAUCAUAUCAAUCAAUUUGGAUUGCUUAGAGGAUUACAAUUUGCUUCCUUCGUUUAUCAGUACUACGGAUUGGUGAUUGACUUAUUAAUAUUGGGACCUGAACGUGCUUCAGAAAUUUCUGGGCCAGCGGCACAACCAAACUCAUUCUUACAAUUUAAGGAUAUUGACGCAGAAACUUCAAGCCCUAUAAGGUUGUAUUCUCGUUAUUUGGAUAAAAUUCAUAUUUUCUUCCGGUUUGACAAUGAAAGUGCCAAUGAUUUGAUUCAAGAUUAUUUAUCAGAAAAUCCAGAUACGAACUUUGAAAACGUUGUGGGAUAUAAUAAUAAGAGGUGUUGGCCAAAGGACUCUCGUAUGAGGUUAAUGAGACAUGAUGUGAAUCUUGGAAGGGCAGUCUUUUGGGAAAUUGCUUCUCGCAUUCCAAGGUCAUUGACCUCCAUUGAAUGGAAAGACUCGUUUGCUUCUGUUUAUUCUAGAGAUAACCCCAAUUUGUUAUUCACCAUGUGCGGAUUUGAAGUUAGAAUAUUGCCUAAAUUCAGAGCCAAAGAAGAAAUCUCUUCUCAGGAAGGGGUAUGGGACCUAAUUGAUCAAAGUACAAAGGAAAGAACUGCUAGAGCAUACUUGCAAGUUCUGCAGGAUGAAAUUGAUAAGUUCAAUAAUAGAAUUCGUCAAGUUCUAAUGUCUUCUGGUUCGACCACUUUCACAAAGGUAGCUGCAAAGUGGAAUACAGCAUUAAUCGCACUUUUUUCGUAUUUCCGUGAAGCUGCUGUUUCAACAGAAGCUUUGCUUGACGUUUUGGUUAAAUGUGAAACGAAAAUUCAAAAUAGAGUAAAGAUGGGUCUUAACUCUAAAAUGCCUUCCAGAUUCCCUCCGGCAGUUUUCUAUACUCCGAAGGAGUUGGGAGGUCUUGGUAUGUUGAGUGCAUCGCAUAUAUUGAUUCCAUCUUCAGAUCUCAGAUGGUCUAAGCAAACUGAUACAGGAAUCACCCAUUUCAGAGCUGGUAUGAGCCAUGAAGAAGAAAAGAUGAUUCCUACCAUCUUUAGAUACAUAACUAGUUGGGAAAAUGAGUUCUUAGAUUCGCAAAGGGUUUGGGCUGAGUACGCUAUUAAGAGAGCUGAAGCUUUAGAACAGAAUAGGCGAUUAACUUUUGAAGACAUGGAAAACAACUGGGAUAGAGGUUUGCCAAGAAUCAGUACUCUUUUCCAGAAAGAUAGACACACUUUGGCUUAUGACAAGGGUCAUAGAAUCAGAAGACAAUUCAAGCAAUUCAGCUUGGCCAGAUUCAAUCCUUUCUGGUGGACAAAUAAUCAUCAUGACGGAAAAUUAUGGAAUCUUAAUGCAUAUAGAACAGAUGUCAUCCAGGCACUUGGUGGUAUUGAAACUAUCCUUGAACACACUCUUUUCAAGGGUACAGGUUUUGACUCUUGGGAAGGAUUAUUUUGGGAAAAGGCUUCUGGUUUUGAAGAUUCGUUGAAGUUUAAGAAAUUGACAAAUGCUCAGCGUUCAGGUUUAAGUCAAAUUCCAAAUCGUCGAUUUACACUUUGGUGGUCUCCCACGAUUAACCGUGCUAAUGUUUACGUGGGUUUCUUAGUUCAAUUAGAUCUCACGGGGAUUUUCUUGCAUGGCAAAAUUCCUACUUUAAAGAUUUCGUUGAUUCAGAUUUUCAGAGCUCAUUUGUGGCAGAAAAUUCACGAAAGUAUAGUACAAGAUCUUUGCCAGGUGCUUGACAAAGAAUUGGAAGUACUUCAAAUUAAUGCUGUUGAAAAGCAGGCCAUCCAUCCACGUAAGUCUUACAAGAUGAACUCAUCAUGUGCCGACAUUGUACUUUCAAGUACCUAUAAGUGGAAUGUUUCUAGACCCUCUUCCUUGAAUGAUAAGAAUGAUAACAUGGAAUUACAAGCAAAUAAAUUUUGGAUUGACGUUCAAUUAAGAUAUGGUGAUUAUGAUUCCCAUGAUAUUUCAAGGUAUGCUAGAUCAAAAUUCUUGGACUACACAACUGAUAGCUCAAGUACAUAUCCAUCGCCUACAGGUAUAGUCAUAGCAAUAGAUUUAGCAUACAAUAUGUAUGAUGCCUAUGGAAAUUGGAUCCCUGGAUUGAAGCCUUUGGUUCAGAAUGCUAUGAAAGAAGUAAUGAAGGCAAAUCCGGCAUUGUAUGUUUUGAGAGAAAGAAUCCGCAAGGGUUUGCAAUUGUAUCAGACGCAACCGCAAGAGGCGUAUUUAAAUUCAAAUAAUUAUGCGGAGUUGUUCAACAACGAAACUCAAUUGUUUGUUGAUGAUACAAAUGUUUACAGAGUGACAGUUCAUAAGACAUUUGAAGGAAACUUGACCACAAAGCCAAUCAAUGGUUCUAUCUUUAUCUUGAAUCCUAAAUCUGGACAGUUGUUCUUGAAAGUCAUUCAUACAUCUGUCUGGUCGGGACAGAAACGUUUGGGUCAACUUGCCAAGUGGAAGACGGCCGAAGAAAUAGCAGCUUUGAUUAGAUCAUUGCCAAGGGAAGAGCAACCUAAGCAGUUGAUUGUAACAAGAAAGGGAAUGCUUGAUCCCUUAGAAGUUCACAUGUUGGAUUUCCCGAACAUUUCCAUUAGACCUUCUGAAUUACACCUUCCUUUUGCUUCGGCAAUGAAGAUUGAUAAACUUGCAGACAUUGUGUUGAAAGCAAAUGAACCACAAAUGGUUUUGUUCAACUUGUAUGAUGAUUGGCUUAAUGAUAUCUCGCCAUAUACCGCCUUUUCGAGAGUGAUUUUGCUCCUUAGAGCAAUGGGUAUUGAUCAAGAAAACACCAAAUUAAUCUUGCAUCCUGAUGCCAAUGUUGUUACUCAGGAUUACCAUAUAUGGCCAACUUUGACCGACGAACAAUGGAUAGAUGUUGAGUCGCAGUUGAGAGAUUUGAUACUUUCAGAUUACUCAAAGAAGCAUAAUGUUAAUGUCCAAUCCUUAACUCAAUCUGAGAUAAGAGAUUUGAUUUUGGGACAGGAUAUCAGAGCACCGUCUGUGAAACGACAGGAAAUCGCGGAAAUUGAAGCUGCUCCUGAAGAGUCUACCAAUAAAGAGUUGACAGCGUUAAAGACAACAACUACCAAUGUUCACGGGGAGGAAAUCGUUACUGUUACGACAACUAAUUACGAGCAACAGACCUUUUCUUCAAAGAAUGAAUGGAGAAAUAGGGCAAUUGCAUCAAGUAACUUGCAUUUGCGAAGUAAAAACAUCUACGUUUCUUCCGAGAAUUUUGUCGAUGAUGGUUCAUUCACUUAUAUUCUUCCAAAAAAUAUUCUAAAGAAGUUUAUUCAAAUUUCAGAUUUAAGAAUCCAAGUUGGGGCUUUUCUUUAUGGGAAGAGUCCAGUUGAUAACAAUGAAGUGAAGGAAAUCAAGUGUAUAGCCAUUGUUCCUCAACUUGGAAAUAGCACCUCGAUCCAAUUUCCAAAACAAUUACCAGAUCAAGUGGGACCAUUAGAAAACCUUGAAUUGUUGGGUUGGAUACAUACACAGAGUCAAGAUCUUGGAUAUUUAUCUCCAAUUGAUAUCACUUCGACAUCGAGCUUUUUUGACAACUACGAUCCCAAUUUCAUCACCUUGGCCGUUUCAUUUACCCCGGGAUCCGUGUCAUUGGCAGCUUUUGAACUAAGCGAGGAAGGUUUCAAGUGGGGAAAAACAAAUACUGAUUUCAUGUCGCCAAACCCAACGGGGUUUUCAACAAAUUUUGGCAAGAAGGGGCAAUUAAUUUUGUCUGACAGAAUUGCUGGAUCCUUUGCUGUACCUGAUGACAAUUUAUGGAACUAUUUCUUCACUGGUGCAGUUUGGAAUCCAAAUAAUUUAUACGUUCUCAAAUUGGAUGUGCCAUUGUCAUUCUAUAACGAAUUGCAUCGUCCAAUUCAUUUCACUACAUUUAAUGAAAUUGAGAAUAAUGAUCUCGAAGCGGACCAAGAAAAUGUAUUUGCAUAG